AUGGACACUUCCUUGGACCGCGAGAGCAUAUCUAGCUAUGAGUUGGUGGUGACAGCCAGGGACGGGGGUUCGCCUUCGCUGUGGGCCACGGCCACCGUGUCCAUGAAGGUGGCCGACGUGAACGACAACGCACCCGUGUUCGCGCAGCCCGAGUACACGGUGUUCGUGAAGGAGAACAACCUGCCGGGCUCCCACAUCUUCACAGUGUGCGCGCGCGACGCGGACGCGAGCGCAGAGUGCAGCAUCCACCUGGAGGUGAUCGUGGACAGACCGCUGCAGGUUUUCCACGUGGAGGUGGAGGUGAAGGACAUUAAUGAUAACUCGCCUGUGUUCUCUCUCAAAGAACAAAGGCUGCUGAUUUCUGAAUCUAAGCAACCAGAUUCGCGUUUUCCGCUAGAGGGCGCUUUCGAUGCGGAUAUAGAAGAGAAUGCUGUAUUGACCUACAGACUAAGUCAAAACGAGUAUUUUUCUCUAGAAUCGCCAGUAAGUAGUAGGCCGACUAAAAGACUGUCACUUAUAUUAAAGAAACCUCUAGACAGAGAAAAAAACGCAGAACAUAAAAUGAUAUUGACGGCCUCAGAUGGAGGGAAACCAGAACGCACUGGCACCGUUCAGCUGUUUGUCCAAGUCUUGGAUGUUAAUGACAACGAUCCAGAGUUUGAUCAAUUAGAAUACAAAGUAAGACUGGUGGAAAACGCCGCUAAAGAAAUUCUUGUGAUAAAGUUAAAUGCCACAGAUCGAGAUGAAGGCUUAAAUGGGGAGGUAACAUACUCCUUGAAGUCAAUUAAGCCCAGUGGAAGACCCUUCUUUACACUAGAUGGAAAUAACGGAGAAGUGAGGGUCAAUGGAACUUUAGAUUAUGAAGAAAAUAAGUUUUAUGAAAUUGAAGUGCAGGCCACAGAUAAGGGAACUCCCCCGAUGGCAGGUCACUGUAUAGUCUGGGUAGAAAUCUUAGACAUCAACGAUAACUCACCACAAGUGACUGUAACUUCCUUGUCCCUCCCAGUACUUGAGGAUGCUCAAACAAGCACUGUCAUUGCAUUGAUUAGUGUAUCCGACCUCGACUCUGGCGUCAAUGGGCAAGUCACCUGCUCAUUGACGUCUGACGUUCCUUUCAAGAUCGUGUCCACCUUCAAAAACUAUUAUUCACUGGUGCUGGACAGCAAUCUGGACCGAGAGAGUGUUUCGAACUAUGAAGUGGUAGUGACUGCAAAAGACGGGGGUUCGCCCUCUCUGUGGGCCACAGCCACCGUGUCCGUGGAGGUGGCCGACGUGAACGACAACGCGCCUGUGUUCGCGCAGCCCGAGUACACGGUGUUCGUGAAGGAGAACAACCCGCCGGGCUCCCACAUCUUCACGGUGUGUGCACGUGACGCGGACGCUCAGUGCAGCAUCCACCUGGAGGUGAUCGUGGACAGACCGCUGCAGGUUUUCCACGUGGAGGUGGAGGUGAAGGACAUUAAUGACAACCCGCCUGUGUUCCCAGCGACACAAAAGAAUUUGCUUGUUUCUGAAACCAGAGCGCUUGACUCUCGGUUUUCGCUAGAGGGCGCCUGGGAUGCAGACGUUGGGGCUAACUCCGUUCUGACUUACAGACUGAGCCCCAAUGAGUAUUUCUCGCUGGAAGUACCAACCAAGGAGGAGCACGUAAAACCUCUGGAAUUGGUGUUAAAAAAGCCUCUAGACAGGGAACUUGCUUCAGAGCUUCUCUUGGUGCUCAAAGCGACGGAUGGAGGAAAACCUGAGCUGUCAGGCACAGUGGAGUUAGUAAUCACAGUGCUUGAUGUAAACGACAACGCCCCAGUGUUCGACAGAGCAAUCUAUCCUGUAAAAUUAUUGGAAAAUGCAAGAAAUGGUACACUGAUUCAGCCAGUGGAGAAAUAA